GGUGUCGCUCCAGGCGCUGAACGAAAGACAAACCAAAACAAAGAGAACAUGCAAAUAGCAAUGCUAUAGCUUGGGCAAUAGCCGUGAUUCAAACUUCAUCAUGUGCCUCACGCGCCAGCUGCAGCUGACGUUAGCUAUCCUGAAGCCAGACGUAUGCAAAGUUCCCAUUAAACUGGAGGCGGUGCGACAAUUAAUUUUGGACCAUGACUUCACCUUUGUGAAAACAAAAGUGGCAUGUUAUACCAGGGAACAAAUGGAGAUGUUCUACGCCGAACACAAGGAUCGAUUCUUCUUCAAUAGAUUGACUUCGUAUAUGUCAAGUAGCCCCAUAUCAGCCCACAUUCUUGCAAAAGAAAAUGCUAUUAAGGAAUGGCGAACGCUUCUCGGUCCAACAAAGGUGUUCCAGGCAAUCUACGAAGCUCCACAUUCAAUUCGAGCACGGUACGGAUUGACAGACACCAGGAAUGCCGGUCAUGGCUCAGACUCUGAAGAAGCAGCCGAUCGUGAAAUCCAAUUCUUCUUCCCAGAGUUUAACAAGGAGAAAUGGUACAGCGAAGAAGAGUUUGCAUUCCGGCUACACAAACUCUGCUUUGACAAAGAAUGUUGUGUUCAUGUUCCGGACACAAAACAGUUAAGUGACGUGCAACGUGGUUAAGCCUCGGCAGCUGUAUUUGGAGAUGCUCACUGUGUAGACUGUGACGCCUGAAGCUAUUGAUGAUGUACUCCAUAAUGGAGGAGCCGAUUUGCAGAGCACGAGACCCGCACGUGGGCGAAGCACCAUGCGGAAAGUAUUCCAAUUUUUAUACCAUGACGAGAGGAUGCAGGAGAGUCGCUGCCAUUUGGGCAGUUUUUUCUUACACUUUUUCUCACACAAUAUGGGGCCAUGCCACAUGUAUAAGGCACACGAAAUGAUACCAAAUCGUAUAAUAAAAAAAUUCGUAACA